AUGCUGGGCGACGCAAAGGCAAGUUCAGCGCCGCCUCGGCCAGUAGACCAGACUCAACUCGCGACCCGGCUCCCCGUGACGAGACCACGAUAUGCCUCCCAACCGUCGCUUCCUACACGACCGACCCGCGCAUGGAAGCUAGUUGAUGCCAAUAAGAUCUUGACGAAAAGGAAGUAUGUCAAGAGGAAGCCCAAACCGGAGGACGCGAAGCAAAGCAGUACGGAACCAGAUCAGACACCAGAACAAGCAAAGACCGAGUCCUCGGAAGACUACCGGUCUGUGAGAAGUCUCUCGUGGCCCAGCCCCGAAGCAGACACUAUCCAUACAGGAGGACUUAGAGGGAAUCCAUUCGCGUGCUACCCUUCCAAUACACCUACUGUCCACCGGGCGCUGGACUUUCUGGUCAAAGAGAUAGGUGUGAAUGCUGUGCCUGGGACUGUGCACAAAGAUGGCUUUUCCCCGAAAGCCGCGGCAUUCAUGCAGAUGGGGUUCCAACACGAUGCAGUGUUUCAUGCUGUCGUAGCGUUCGCUCGAGCAUACGACGAGGUCGCAAACACGGGCUCAACUGAUCCAUCUGCACCUGUGCUCUACCACCGAGGAAAGGCUACACAACUGCUUUACGAGCGCUUGAAGGACCCAGCGACCAGAGCUGACGAUGCAUCAAUCUUAACCACAUUUCUUCUGGUCGACAACUCAUGGCGCUAUGGAGAAGAUGAGAUCGGUAAAGCCCACUACGGAGGUCUUCUGAAGAUGAUCGAGAUGCGUGGCGGGCUCGAGAACACCGACUUGCCUCCCGCCCUGAAAGCCUCCGUCGAUUUCGGAAACGUGACCAACUUGGGUGAUCAGCUAUCAGAAUCUACUGCGCCAGAGCUGCCUGACCUGAAGUACUGUGGUCACCCUUUCCCAGCACAAAUGUGCGGCCUGAUCGCCCGACUCCCCGAAGGCUACGCUCAAAUCGCCAUGCACGGCCAGCUGAGCUUGGAGACCAUGGCGACUAUCAUCUCAUUACGUGAAUGGCUCACCGCCGAUCCCGCUGAACGAACACCAGCUCCACACCGCCAGAUUGGUGCCGCUCGACGAUGCAUGGCCUCCUCCAAACCGCCCGACGGCUCACGCGUCGAAGAAGCCGUAUGCUUCGGCAUCGUCAUCACCGGCAUGCGCUCUUUCCACGCACGAUUUUCGCGCAUGGAUCAAUCCUUUCUGGACCGCAUCGUCACGCUAGGCGAGCAGUUUGACAAAGUCGCAAGCAGCAAAAAGAAGCACAGGAUACCUGAACGAGAACACGUGGCGUAUUUAACGAUGGUAGCCGUUGAGGCGUCCGACAGGUGCAUUGAGUUGCAGCCGCAUGUCAAGAAGCUUGUGGAUCUCCUCCUGGCGCGGGAAACUUUCGCGCGCUCCUGGGCGGGUAUGGAGGCGGCGAUCAAAAGGUUCUUCUGGGUGGACUUCGCGGCGGACAAGUGGAGGGAGUGCUGGCUGAAGCAUCUGAGGCGUGUUGAGGAGGAGAAGCAGAUUAAGAAGAGGCAAAGCAAGAGCCCUGGCUGA